GCCCGGGAGCACCGUUGCCGCCGCCGCCCGCUCGCUCGCCAUGAGCCCAGGUCGCUGAGCCCGAGAGCCCCGUGGGGGGAGCCGCCACCGCCGCCAUGCAGAGCAUCAAAUGUGUGGUGGUGGGCGACGGGGCAGUGGGCAAGACCUGCCUGCUCAUCUGCUACACCACCAACGCCUUCCCCAACGAGUACAUCCCCACCGUCUUCGACAACUACAGCGCCCAGAACACGGUGGACGGCCGGACGGUCAACCUGAACCUGUGGGACACGGCCGGCCAGGAGGAGUACGACCGCCUGCGCACCCUCUCCUACCCGCAGACCAACGUCUUCAUCAUCUGCUUCUCCAUCGCCAGCCCGCCCUCCUACGAGAACGUCAAGCACAAGUGGUACCCGGAGGUCUGCCACCACUGCCCCGACGUGCCCAUCCUCCUGGUGGGCACCAAGAAGGACCUGCGCAGCAACCCGGAGGCCCUGAAGAAGCUGAAGGAGCAGAGCCAGCUGCCCGUCAGCCCCCAGCAGGGCGCCAGCCUUGCCAAGCAGAUCCACGCCAUCAGGUACCUGGAGUGCUCGGCCCUCAACCAGGAGGGCAUCAAGGAGGUCUUCACCGAAGCCGUCCGGGCCGUCCUCAACCCGGCCCCGCCCAAGCCCAAGAAGGCCUGCCGGCUGCUUUGAAGGGCGGGCGGGGGCGGGCUGCCCUCUGCGUAUGCCCAGGCGUCCU